GGGCCUGAGCAGUGAGCACCCUGUCGACCUUACUUUGGGCUUUCAUGGCCGGCUAUGGAAAUUGGAUGGGAUCUUUUGGGGGAUAGAUAAAAAGAAAGGGUUUAUGCGUUACUAGAAGUUUCGUAAUUUCUGAGUUUUUUUUCUGAGAAUUCAAUCGAAGGAGCAGCGAUCAAUCUACACAACAAUAGUCAAUCGAAGGAGCAACGAUCAAUCAACACAACAGUCAGUUAAUGGAAGGACCACCGAUCAAUCAACACAAGAGCAGCAUAGAUUCAAUAAAAAUGGCGGAACCAGAGGAAGAGCUCGAGCCUUUAUUUGAUUACUCUCGUGUUCAGCCUUUUGAUGUCGUUUGCCUUGACGAUGAUGAUUACUUGGACGUCCCUCCGAUUCCUUCCAAGCGCAGGAAACACAACGUUUCUGCUGCUGUAAAGGUACAAGAGGCUGCCAAAGUAAUUAAUAUCGAUGAGGGUGAAGACAAUGAUGAUUUGGAUUGGUUGGCCCCGCCACCCAAGGUGGCUGUUGACAAGAAGCUAUGUGAGAAUUCAAUUAUAAAGGAGUUGAGGCUGAAGAAGCAGGAGUUGAUGUCAUUUACUGAAUCAGCUAAAGACAUGUUGCGAUCUGUUGAAGAGGCUGUCAAAAGAGAUCUUACAUCCUCAAUGAAUUCAGCAUGUGAAAAUCCUACGGGGAAGCCGUCAAAACCUGCUAUAGAAAGGCCAAAGAUAGUUAUAUCCAUCCAAGAAAAGGACGGUCUGAAGCAGUUCCGUAUCUAUAAAGAUGAUAAGUUUGAGCGGCUUUUCAAAAUGUAUGCUGACAAAGUGAAGCAUAAGAUAGAAAGCUUGGUAUUUUGCUUUGAUGGGGAUAAAAUUGACCCCAAAGCUACUCCUAGCAGUCUUGAGAUGGAAGAUGAUGACAUAGUUGAGGUCCAUGUAAAGUCAAGUUGAUCCAGGUUCGAGUUUGCGAGGUUUUAAAUUUUAUGAGACCAUGUUUUUGUUGCAGAGCUCAUGGUUAGUGUUGUUAUGAUCUGAGUUUUUUUCACUGUGUUGUUCUAUUGCAACAUGUACCCUUUUACCCCCAAACUGUAUAGUGGGAAUGGUUGCUUUUCAAAUGUACAAAUUCACAAACAAUUUUGGUUGUGAAAUGCUACUAAGGUCGCUUCUUAAAUUGUUGUUGCAUCUUUUGGUCGAGUUUUGCGUCUGCAGUUGGCAGGACUCGGUUUCGUUAGGAGAUCGGGAUCUUGUCUUACAUAAAUUGUCAGUAUUGCGUUUUGUCUUUUCUUUGUUGUUUUAACGUAUUGUACUUUUUUGUU